AGUGACAGGCGGAGGAAAAUGCUGAGGUGCCGCCGAGCCGCUCCUGCUGGCGGCCGAAGCGGGUGGCGGGCUGCGCUGGGGCUGCCUUCCCUGAGCAGGAGCGGCGGAGGCGGCGGCGGCGUUGGUCCUGGCAGCCUUGCCCGGGAGGCGCGUGGAGGGGCGGCGGCGCCCGGCUGUGUGUGAGCGCCCAGCGGAGCGAGGGCGAGGACCACCGAUUCCCGAGAGGCGCGCGGAGAAGACCAAGCUUUAGAAAUGAUGUGUGAAGUGAUGCCCACGAUAAACGAGGACACCCCAAUGAGCCAAAGGGGGUCCCAGAGCAGUGGCUCAGACUCGGAUUCUCACUUUGAGCAGCUUAUGGUGAAUAUGCUAGAUGAGAGGGACCGUCUCUUGGACACACUUCGAGAGACACAGGAAAGCCUUUCUCUGGCCCAGCAAUGCCUCCAGGAUGUCAUCUACGAUAGAGAUUCUCUCCAGCGGCAGCUCAACUCUGCACUGCCCCAGAUGACGGUUGCUGCUGGUACGAACAUUGAGAAUAACAUUCAAAGGACCAUAUCCUGCCCUAAUGAAUUUGCUGCACUUACAAAAGAGCUAAAUGCCUGCAGGGAACAACUACUGGAAAAAGAAGAAGAAAUUUCUGAACUGAAAGCUGAAAGGAAUAACACAAGACUGUUACUGGAACAUUUGGAGUGCCUUGUUUCAAGACAUGAAAGGUCACUGAGAAUGACAGUGGUGAAACGGCAAGCACAGUCCCCCUCAGGAGUCUCCAGUGAAGUCGAGGUUCUGAAAGCACUGAAAUCGUUGUUUGAACACCACAAGGCUUUAGAUGAGAAGGUAAGGGAACGACUGAGGGUUUCUUUAGAAAGAGUCUCAGCACUUGAAGAGGAACUAGCAGCUGCUAAUCAGGAGAUUCUAGCUUUGCGUGAACAAAAUGCACACAUUCAAAGGAAAAUGGCAUCAGGGGAGGGUCCUACUGACUCAGAGCUCAUCAAAGGAAUGGAGCCUGGACAAAAAGUUCACGAAAAGCGUCUUUCGAAUGGCUCCAUAGACUCAAAUGAUGAGACCAGCCAAUUGGUGGAACUGCAGGAACUUCUUGAAAAGCAAAAUUAUGAAAUGGCACAGAUGAAGGACCGCUUGGCUGGAUUGUCUUCCAGAGUCGGGGAGGUAGAGCAAGAUGCAGAGGCAGCUAGGAAAGACCUCAUUAAAACUGAAGAACUGAACACCAAAUAUCAGAGGGACAUUAGGGAGGCAAUGGCUCAGAAGGAAGACAUGGAAGAAAGGAUCACUACCCUUGAAAAGCGUUACCUAAGUGCUCAGAGGGAAUCCACCUCCAUACAUGACAUGAAUGAUAAGCUGGAAAAUGAGCUGGCAAACAAGGAAGCUCUCCUGCGUCAGAUGGAAGACAAAAAUAGACAGCUGCAGGAACGGCUUGAACUAGCUGAGCAAAAGCUGCAACAAACAAUGCGGAAAGCUGAAACGUUGCCUGAAGUGGAAGCUGAACUGGCUCAGAGAAUCGCAGCACUGACUAAGGCAGAGGAAAGGCAUGGCAACAUUGAAGAGCGCAUGAGACACUUGGAGGGCCAACUGGAGGAGAAGAACCAGGAGCUUCAAAGGGCAAGGCAAAGAGAAAAAAUGAAUGAAGAGCACAACAAGAGAUUAUCGGAUACCGUGGACAGACUUUUGACAGAAUCUAAUGAGCGCCUGCAGCUACAUUUAAAAGAGAGAAUGGCAGCAUUGGAAGAAAAGAAUGUUUUAAUACAAGAAUCAGAAAGCUUUAGGAAGAACUUGGAAGAAUCAUUACAUGAUAAGGAAAGAUUGGCAGAUGAAAUAGACAAGCUGCGAGUUGAAUUUGACCAGUUGAAAAUAAGAGCAGGUUCUUUAAUUGAUCCCACGUUGUCAAGACCGCAUCUUGAUUCAUCAGCAGAACUGAGGUACUCUGUGAGCUCCCUAGUUGAUAGCCAACCAGAUUAUAGGUCUACUAAGGUGAUAAGAAGACCAAGAAGAGGCCGAAUGGGAAUCCGGAGAGAGGAACCAAAGGUGAAAUCCCUUGGAGAUCAUGAAUGGAGCAGAAGUCAACCGAUGGGUGUUCUGAGCAGCCAUCAUUUUGAGAGUGACACUGAAAUGUCUGACAUUGAUGAUGACGACAGAGAUACAAUAUUUAGCUCUAUGGAUCUUCUGUCGCCAAGUGGACAUUCUGAUGCCCAAACCCUUGCUAUGAUGCUUCAGGAACAACUGGAUGCAAUCAACAAAGAAAUCAGGUUAAUCCAGGAGGAAAAGGAAUCAACAGAAUUGCGUGCAGAAGAAAUAGAAAAUAGAGUAGCCAGUGUAAGCCUGGAAGGCUUAAACCUAGCCAGGGUACACCCUGGCACAUCUAUUACUGGCUCCAUUACAGCUUCCUCCCUUGCAAGCUCUUCUCCUCCAAGUGGGCAUUCUACUCCGAAACUCACUCCCCGCAGCCCAGCCAGGGAGAUGGAUCGUAUGGGCAUCAUGACACUGCCGAGUGAUCUCAGGAAGCACCGGAGAAAGAUCGCAGUCGUCGAAGAAGAUGGGCAUGAAGACAAAGCCACAAUAAAAUGUGAAACCUCCCCUCCUUCAACACCUAGAGCCAUUAGAAUGACUCAUACUCUACCUUCUUCAUACCACAAUGAUGCCAGAAGUAGCUUGCCUGCAUCCUUGGAGCCAGAAAGCAUUGGUUUUGGCAGUGUCAGUAGCAGCCAGGAUUCCCUACACAAAGCUCCCAAGAAGAAAGGAAUCAAGUCUUCAAUAGGACGUUUGUUCGGUAAAAAAGAGAAGGCUCGACUUGGACAGCUCAGAGGUUACAUGGAAACAGAAGCCGCAGCACAGGAAUCUCUGGGAUUAGGCAAACUGGGAACUCAGGCAGAGAAAGACCGAAGACUAAAGAAAAACACAUCUGGGCAUGAACUCCUGGAGGAAGCUCGGAGGAAGGGCUUGCCUUUUGCACAGUGGGAUGGGCCCACAGUGGUUGCGUGGCUAGAGUUGUGGCUGGGAAUGCCCGCCUGGUAUGUUGCUGCUUGCCGUGCAAAUGUGAAAAGCGGUGCCAUUAUGUCUGCCUUGUCAGAUACGGAAAUUCAGAGGGAAAUUGGAAUCAGCAACCCUCUUCAUCGCCUAAAGCUCCGUCUGGCAAUCCAGGAGAUGGUAUCACUCACAAGCCCAUCGGCCCCUCCGACAUCUAGAACGCCCUCAGGCAAUGUUUGGGUGACCCAUGAAGAAAUGGAAACUCUUGCUGCUCCAGCUAAAAUGAAAGAGAAUGAGGAAGGCAGCUGGGCUCAGACUCUUGCUUAUGGUGACAUGAAUCAUGAAUGGAUUGGUAAUGAAUGGCUUCCUAGUCUGGGAUUGCCACAGUAUCGAAGUUACUUCAUGGAGUGUUUGGUAGAUGCAAGGAUGUUAGAUCACCUGACAAAAAAAGAUCUCCGGGUACACUUAAAAAUGGUGGAUAGCUUUCAUCGAACAAGUCUGCAGUAUGGAAUCAUGUGUUUAAAGAAACUGAAUUAUGACCGACAAGAACUAGAAAGGAGAAGAGAAGCAAGUCAGCAUGAAAUAAAAGAUGUGUUGGUAUGGAGUAAUGACAGAGUCAUACGCUGGAUACAAGCAAUUGGAUUGCGAGAAUAUGCAAACAAUGUGUUAGAAAGUGGUGUGCAUGGAUCACUCAUAGCCCUGGAUGAUAACUUCGAUUACUGCAGCUUAGCUUUGUUGUUGCAGAUUCCAAAUCAGAAUACACAGGCACGGCAGAUCCUUGAGAGAGAAUACAACAAUUUGUUAGCACUAGGAACAGAUAGACGACUUGAUGAAAGUGAUGACAAGAAUUACAGGCAAGGCUCUUCCUGGCGAAGACAGUUCCCCCCACGUGAGGUCCAUGGAAUCAGCAUGAUGCCUGGCUCCUCAGAAACACUGCCAGCUGGGUUCAGAUUAACUACAACAUCAGGACAGUCACGAAAAAUGGCAACUGAUGUGGCGUCAGCACGGUUGCAGAGACUAGACAGCUCGACAGUUCGCACGUAUUCAUGCUGACAAGGCUGGCAUGGAAAAAAGGACGGAGGUGAACUCAUAUGCCAACUCUACCUGAAGUGCACUACCACCAUGUUACGAAAAGAAGCUUUUUAUUCAAGAACAGGGUAUAAGGAAGUACACUAGAAUAUUUAUCAGACUAAACUACAUGGAGAUCUUUUUACAAAUUGCGUUUUAAGGUGCAGCCUGCCAAGUACUACCAUCAUGCAACUCUAAUUCAUUUCAAUGGAGGUAACAUAAGUUUCAGACAGCCCCAUUGAAAUGACUAAAGAAUGUGCAGCAACAGUACUGGCUGGACUGCGCCCACUGGGUAGUUCCAUAAGGUAAUAGUUACUAAUUAAGUUUUUUUAAAGAAAAAUAAUAAACCCCAAUGUAUUUAUCAUCAUAAAUUUGAUUGAAGUGCAGGAAAGCUUUUAUCAAAAGGAGACACUCAUUUCUAAACUUGUUUCAUCUGUUUUAUUGUAAAAUACUAGAAUUUAUGUAUUUACUGUGUAUGUAUUUCUUUUAAUAUGUGUAAGUCUCAUGUAAAUGGAUAUAAAUAUGAUUUUUUAAAAAGAAAUUAAAUCUAUGGUACAUGGGGUCUUAGUGCAAACACUUGACAAUACAGUGUCAACAAUACUGUUUGUAUCCUUCCAUUCCACCAUUUUUACAGUUUUGAAUUGUAGCAAAGUCAAUUGGAUAUGUUUAGCAGAGUUAUUAGAUGCUUCAACAUGUUCCUACUUUUUAAAAGAAAUCUGUCAAUAUCUAAAGCUCAACACCUGCCUCUGAUGAUUUACAAAAGAAAGAUUUGAGCCAAAAAUGGACCUCUGAAGGCAAAACAGAAUUGUUAUAUAUACUUGUAGAAAAGCACUGUGACUGCUCUCCUGUUUAAUAUCAACAACAUCAAAAAUCAACUAUAGGAGGUUAACAAGAGACAUUCUCCUCAAUGGCUACUUAUGGACCAAGAAGAAACUAGCUUUUUCUAGGACUCACGUUUUGCCUUCCAUAUUCUUCAAAUGCCGGCCAACGUUGGCAUAGAACAAACAUCAAGGGGAAAUAAAUCCUGAUCUUCAAGUUUUCAGUUAUAUAGAAAAAUGCUGCCCUCCAUUUCUUCAUUAUAAUAGGCAUUAGACAGCUGAUUGACUAAUAACAUGUUUAUCCAAGACGGCCUUGCUGAGACUUCUCAGAAGUCAGUUUUAUCAGAGGAACUAACUGAAAAGCAGAAAAGUUAAUAUAUAAUGUACAAAAGCUUAGAGGAGAAACUAUUAUCUGCUGUGGCUUUAUUUGGUGGUGUUAUUGAUGUUUAUUCUUUGUUUAUAUGGGAAGUUUCAAAGUAAGACCUAUUUAAUAAUGUCAUUUACCUUCUAUUUGCUAAUCUCCCGCUGCCUGAUCUUAGCUUCAGACCUGUCUUUUGGUUAUUCCUUUCAGCAGGUUGAUCUGCAAAACAUCUGCACGUACAUUUGUUUCACUGCAUUUUGUUUUGCUUUAUUUUUUUUACUUAAACAGACCUCAGUUAACCAAAUGGUGACAGAUUCUUUUUCUCCCCCGUUGUCAAUAAAAGAAAAUCAGUGCUGUU